AUGUCCAGUCAGCGUCUUGUCUUAGGCCUCCCCCGAGUCCUCCCGCCGCUCCCGCCGUCCCCAGCUCCUCCGUGCGGUCCUUGUGUCCAGGGUCAGCUGCGCGCCACCCCUCACUCCUCCUCCCUUCCCCCGGCCACCGAGCCCUUCGAGACACUCCACUUAGACGUCUGGGGCCCCGCUCGCCGUCUUGGCCCUGAGCGGGAGAGUUUCUUUCUGGUGGUCGUUGACGAUUACUCUCGGUACACCACCGUGUUCCCCUUGGCGAAGAAGUCCGACGUGACUUCUACGCUGAUCCGGUGGCUGCUCGCCACCGAGAGUACUCGUCGUCGUCGUGUCAGUUGUCUCCACUCCGACCGUGGGGGUGAGUUUCGCUCCGGCAUUCUCGCCAGAUUCUGUGCUGAGCAGGGCAUCACCCAGUCCUGGACUCUUCCAGACUCUCCACAGCAGAAUGGGGUUGCUGAGCGCCGCUUAGGCCUGGUCAUGGAGAUCGCCCGCACCUCCAUGAUCCACGCCCGCGCGCCCCAUUUUCUGUGGCCCUACGCGGCUCGGUACGCCGCUCACCAGCUGAACCUCUGGCCUCGCGUCUCUUGGCCAGGGGCUUCACCGACCAAAGACUUCUCUGACUUCACCUUUUACCACCCUCCCUCCCACCGGUUCUUUGACUCUCGUGACGUCCGUUUCGACGAGUCCGUCCCCUACUACGUCAGGUACCCCUGUCGAGGUCUCCCGGUUCCCCCCCCUCCCCUCUUCCUGGCUCCAGCUCCUCCUCCUCCCGCCCCUGCUCCUCCGGUACCCCCCCCUGUUCCCGCUCCGUCUGGUGUGUCCCACGCUACUCCCCCCCCCUCGGUACCCCCCCAGGUCUCUCCUCCUUCCCCACAGUCGUCCUCACAACCUCCACAGCAGCCGUCAGCGCUUCCUUUACCGGCCACUGCGGACUCUGAGGGUGUUGGUGCUCGAGGUGAGGGCUCUGGCGGUGCUCGUUCUGGGGGUGUUGGCGUUGGCGCUGAGCGUGCACCUGCCGCGGCUGCCCGUUCCGAGGGUACUGGAGCUGGUGGUGGUACGGGAGUUGGUGGUGGUGCUGGAGCUGGUGGUGUUUCUGGAGCUGGAGAGUCUGGGGCUGGUGCUGGUGCCACUGGAGGCACCACGACUGGGGGUGCGGGUACACCUCCUACAGGUACUGGUCGUGCUGCCGCAGGGGGUACUCGCUCUGGGGGUGCUCAGAUGGGUCCUGUCGAGGGUGGAGGCGGUUCUACUUCGUCGUCUCCUGCCACCACUCCUCCUCCUCACCCCUACCCGACUCGACACCAGGCACGUCUUUGUCUUGCGCGCAAGGAGCAGCAGCGUGUGGAGAGUGAGAGGUUGGAGGUUCAGCAGCGGGUGGAGCGUGAGAGGUUGGAGUUGCAGCGAGAGCAGCAGCAGCAGCAGCAGCAGCAGCAGCAGCAGCAGCAGCAGGGGCCGCCGCUGCAGCAGCAGCAACAGAAGCCGCCGCCACACAGCAGCAGCAGCAGCAGCAGCAGCAGCCGCAGCAGCCGGAGCAGCCUCCGGCCCCUGUUUCUGGCCUUCGGGCCCUUGGUCUCCCCUCCUCUCGUCCUGUGUUCGGUCCUACACAGUUUGAGCUAG